AUGGCCGAUGGAAGGAAAUUGAGGUCGAAAGAUGAAUUGAAAAAGAAUACAGACAAAGCAUUGUUCAAUUUUGAAAACAUAAACAAACUUGUUCACAGAGAUCAAACGAUUAAGAUAGUUAAUAAAACAUCCCACAAUAGUCUAUAUAGAUAUUAUGGAGAAACAGAAACCACUAUACCAACCAAUAUAAAUAAAUCCAGGAAUAUAGAGAUACGUAGUAACCUUUCCCAUAGAAAAUCAAAACAAAAAGUAGAUAUACUUGACGAUAGCAUUUAUGAAACUUUUCACAAGAAGAUGAAAAAAGAAGAACGGACCAUGGUAAACAUAGACAGAAGUAGGAUACUAUCUGAGGUGGAUAAUUUAGAUUUACUGUUGCAAUCAUUAAAUCAGUACGACUGGAUAAGACAUUUACCAAAUAUUACUCAAAUAAAUGAUAUUAGAGAUUAUGAUGAAUUGGAAACAAAAAAAGAAUUAACGAUUAAAGAAAUACAAAGAAUCCUUAAUAAAUUUGAAAACUGGAAAAGGAGGCAAGAUAAAUUGGUUAAUGAUAUUAAAAAACAUGACACUAUUCAUGAAGGUUCAGAUCAUGAACAGGAGUUUCACUUGCCCAUUGAAUAUUUGAAACAAAAGAGAUUAAAAGAACGACGCAUACAAGCCGGGCCAAUUAUUAAAUUAAACUUACGUAAUGGAUAUGCCCUAGUCAUUGAACCAUUUGCAAAUCCUAGAAUCGUUAAGGUCGAAGACAGACCAAAGCAACAUACAGACGAAAAAUUCAAAGGAUCCGUUUCUGCAGAUUCACCUUCAAAGCUCAAUAACAACAUCAAACCUACUUCUCGAAGACGAAACAUUGAUGCACCUACAAGAUUAAAUAAAUUGAAUUUUAAAUUCGAUGAACAUAGUAGUAUUGCUUUUGGUGCAGCAUUGCCGAAUAUUAAGCAAGUACAAAGCUUUUCCUUAAACUCAUCCUGGAGAUUACAUGCACAAGAAUGGAAACAUGCAAGGGAGAAGCUACGAAGAAAAUUACGGAAAUUAAACGAUUAA